AGCACCUCUCCUCGGCCCUCCAGGGGCCAAAAAGCAAAAGCGAAAGCGAAUGCAUCUGGCCGGGCGGCCGGUCCCGGAGUUGCACUCUCCACCUCGCUUGGGCCUGGGCAUCGCACGCGCCGCUGGCCCUUGUCGUCCCGGAGGGGCACUGUCUAGCCUGCUGCCAUGGCCCGGAGACGGCUCCGCUCCUUCUCGGCCCACGCCUUCCUUGCGCUGCUGCUCCCGCCAGCGGUGACACUGGGUGUCACAUGCCCCACGCCCACAUCUGUUGAACAUGCAGCCAUCCGGGUCAAGAGUUACAACUUGAGCUCCAGGGAGCGGUAUGUUUGUAACUCAGGUUUCAAGCGUAAAGCCGGGACAUCCAGCCUGACGGAGUGUGUGUUUAACAAAACCACAAACAUUGCCUACUGGACAACUCCCAAUCUCAAGUGCAUCAGAGACCCCUCCCUGACUCACCAAAGGCCAGUGCCACCCUCCACUGUAGUGACGGCAAGGGUGACCCCACAGCCAGAGAGCCCCUCCCCUUCUGGAAAAGGCCCAGCCACAUUCUCUCCAGAGUCAGACACCACAGUGGCCACAGGGACAGCUAUUGUACCAGGCUCCCAGCUGAUGCCAUCCACGUCACCUUCCACAGGAACCACGGGGGUAGGCAGUCAUGAGUCCUCCCAAGCCCCAUCUCAGACAACAACAAAGACCUUGGAACCCACGCCCUCCACCUCCCACGAGACAACAGAUGCUCAUCCGUACAGUUCCAGAGACGUCACUGUGGCCAUCUCCACAUCUGUCUCGCUGCUGGGUGUAGUGUGUGUGGGGUUCCUCCUGGCGUAUUGCCUCAGACCAAGGCAAACUUCCCAGCCACCUGGUGUUGAAAUGGAAACCACAGAAGCAAUGCCAAUGACUGGGCGCACCAGUAGCAGAGAGGAAGACACAGAAAACUACCACCUGACCUCUGAAACUCGUGGUGGGGUGUUCCAGCCCAACUAAGUCUGGAGCAAAGGAACCACCUCUGUUUACCUAAGGAGGAAGAGACUCGAGGAGUUGGGUGCCCAGAAAAAGCCACAGGAUAACCACACGUCCCUGAUGUGAUCUAACUGUGCCUGGCCUGGGGGGCCGUAGAAGCCAGGAGAUCACUGAGCAUUCAGGAGGAUGCCAUCCAUCCACCCACCUGCUGCCAACUCAGGUUCAGGGGCCAGCUUCCCAAAGUCCAAGCAGGUAAAGCUCUCUCAGGAAAGGCUGAUGGCUUCAGGCCAGCGUUUGUAUUUCAUUAUGACAUUUAUUGAGGCUACUUUAUUGGCCUGUUUAGUCCAUGCGUCAUCCUGACUUGUAGUUUAGAGAGGAUAGUAAUACAACCAAGGCUGUCCAUUGCACAAUGCUCCUUCUGACUUGAGAGAUGUCCACAGGGAAGGCAUCUGCAUUUGAGCUCCAGAAAAUUCUGACAAUAGGUGCUCUGCAUGAUUGGAAGUAGGCCAAGCAAGGCAGAAGACAUAUUGAGCCCACUGAAUCCUCUUGAGUUAAGGAUUCAGAAAGAAAACUGAACUCAGUGACAUUUUACAUACACAUGCGUUUAUAUUUAUUCUUCUGUUAUAUCUGCAUAUUAUAUAUGAUUUGUAUUUUGAAAUUGUCUAGGUAAGCAAAAUAAAAAUAUAUUUUCAAUACAAAAAGAAUCAAUGAGAAAUGUUCCACAAAGAAAACAGCAAGGAUGCAGAAUCUGCAAUGAUUGUAGCACAGAUUUUCAUUCUAAAAAGAGAAAAAAAAAAAUGCUUGCCCAAAGCUGGAUCAUAUCACAGUUUCAGGAAUUUCUAACAAAAUUUCCCUGUGAGAAGUAACUUGAUGUAACCUGGAUGAUGGUAAGUUGUGGCUCAGCUAUGUGUGGGAUGUACAUUUCACUUUCCUUCUCAUGUUCUUCUUUGCUGUGGAUGCCAUUUAUUUCUGAAAUCCUAGGCCUAAUCUCACUUUCCAACCCAUUUUAUAGAUGUGAAAAUUGAGCCCAGAGAAAGUGGAACCACCAUAAACAUCUGGGAGAUAGGUCACGCACGCAACAUGAAGAUGUAACUAUAAGGAGAAUACCACUAAGUACUGUAGACUCAAAAUGGGAAAAACUUCCAAAUAUUUUGUUCGCAUUAGCUCUAAAAACAUGUAGAAAGAAAACAAACUGCCUCUUGUAGCUCUUUCCCUGGGUAUUCACUGCUGACUCAGCCACUUGCCAGCCACCGUAUCCUGUUUAUCUCUAAACCUGAAAUGUCCAUUUCACACCCUGAAAGACAGCACUCAUUCUUUAUAGUGAGCAAGGGUUUCACACUGUAUGUUUCUUGCAAGGAUAGGAAGAAGUGGCAAAAAAAGAAAUUACUAUUUACUGUCCAGGACAUAUUUGUAUAUAUUUAAAGGCUUUCUCUAUUGACAAUUGAUUCCAUAACCACUUUUCAGUGUCUACUCUGCCCCAGAUUAAUUAUAAACUCCAUGAUGGCUUUCUCUUGCAGUAUCCUUGGUGUUAAAAAUCAUUUUAGACACUGAGGACACACAAAUGAAUAAGCCUGAACACAAGGUGGCUAUCAAAACAAACACAGAUUAUUAAACAUAGGCACUGUAAAUAUUAGAUAAAUGCAUCCAUGAAAUGGCAUGGUAAUAAACCAAAGCAGACAAAUAAAUAGCAAAUAAGAGUUAAAGAACUGGAACAGUACAUUGAGUUGAAGAACUUCCAAAAGGUUUUAUAAAGAGCUGAGCCUUGAAAAAUGAAUGGGAUUCAGUUAGGCAGAAAAACCAAUAUGUGCAAAAAUAUGGAGAAAUAACAAAGCUUUGGUGUGGCCAAAAAGGUGGGUUUUGUCAGAACACGAGGUUCCAAGAUGAAGAAUGAUGGGAGACACAUCUGGAAGAAUCUGGAGCUACCACUACACAGGUCCUUAACCACACUGCUAAAGAGACUGCACUUUAUCAUGUAGGCCAUUCAAGGUUUCACCCAGUUUUCAACAAGAGUCAUUACCUAGUCAUUCACAGAGGACGAACAGACAUGCAAGUUGUCAGGAAGACAAGUCAUAAAAUCACUGUACCAACCUAGGCAAGAGUCGGUAAAGGCCGGAGAGCAACAGAAAUUGGGCAGAGGGCAACUGGGCAGAGUCUCAAGAAGCCUUUCUGACAGGACUGUUAGGAGAAAAAGAAAGAGCAGAAGAGAUAACAUAUUUCUAUUAUAAGAAUAAAAGAGAAACAGUGUUGUUUUAAUUGCUCUUUUCUGGAGUGAGGGGGAUGCUAACUAUUUUUCCUGUUUUAAAGAUAUCUAUGGAAUAUUAGGUUAAGCUCCAGGAAGUAUUAUGCAAUAGGAGACUGGUCUUCAAAAGGCAUGUGAAUGAUAGAUGAAGAUGUAAGGUUUGUGAUGCUUUGGUAAUAGACAAAUUUCUAGAAGUAAUUUCACAACCAGAACAGUAAAACUGAAUCCAAGUUCAGCUUCCAAAUACAAAUCAGCCUAUAAGGGAUACAGAAAUGUAGUAAGCAGAGCAAAUAUGUUGGCAACAAAUCUGAAAUUAGAAUUCUAAGUCUCAUGAGAGUGUUUGGUGUCUAUGCACACUCACAAAUCACAAAACAUGUCAACCAAUCAGUAUUCCAGUGGCCACAGCUGAAUGCUCAGGAAAUGCAACAUGAAAAAAAGGAAAGACAUCCAGGUAACAAAUCACAACACCAACCACAACGCCAUGUGAAAUGGACAAUAAGGUCAAACCACAAAGUCCCAAAGAAAAGGGUAGUCCAACUGGGAAAAGCUCCACCUGUCUCUUCGCUUACUUGCAGAUCCUCUCCCUAGACCAAGCUUGUGCUCCAGGAAAACCACAGGGACUGUGUGAAGUCACAUACUGAAUCUUCCUGUUAUCCAAAGAGGGGACACAGGCCAAAAGACGUUUAUAAAGAACACAGGAGAAGUUGAAUUGGAUCUGGAACACCAAUUAAGUAGCAAACUGUCCUACAUUUUCUAUAUUCCAUCUGACUGUCGGCCCAUGUAUCUCAAUUUUGCUGAAAAAUCAAAGGAAACUGGAGACAUGAAGCAAGCAAAGGAAGGUCAUUUAUAAUUAGAACCAUGGGGAUGGAGAGGAGGAUUAAUAGCAAAAAAAAGUAUGAAGUUCCUGGAUGCCUUAACUUCCAAUUUGCACUGACUCCAAGAGCAAGCAGUAAGAACACUGCUUGGCAUGUCCUAAAAGUUUGCACAUUUCAAAGCACCUUUACUCAUUCCCUACUUUUGGGGAGGAGAGUUUGGGGAGUGGGUGGAGAGUGACAGGAUAAAUGAAACUGUAACUUUGGCAAAGCUGGUAACUAGGACUUAUUCUGUCCCCAGUGACUGCACAUAUUAUUCAGGAAGUUAACCAAACUGACUGGCUUCCUUUCACUGACCCUUACCAGAGAUCUCUCUUUAUCUCUGCCUAUUUCUGCAGUGUCAGGCAGUAGGACACUCUGUAGAUGUUACCACCUUUCCUUCCAGAAGAUCUUCUUGCCCGCACUUAUAAUAUAGAAAGAAUCAACUACUAACCUCAAGAAGGCCCACUUCCCUCACUUGUAAAACCAGAGCGAUGCUCUGCAGGAUCGUUUGCGGAUGAGAUAAUUCAUGUAAAGUGCUCUGCAAACCACAGAGUGCAAUAUCAAAUGUAAAGGGUAUUUGUUUACAACCCAGGCACAAAGCAGCAACUCUCCUCUUACCCUCUAAAGGAGCUGACAACAUCAAGAGGCAAACAACCACUAUCCAUAAGGUCAGGUAAGGAACGUCAACACCUACCCAAAUCUCUUCAAUCACCCAUAGUCUUUUUGUUUGUUUGUUUUUUUAAGAGCUCAGUGUAGCCCAAAAGUCCAAGGCCUUCCCACAUCACCUUAUCUUCGGACAAGGAGGGAGGAGGCUACCAAAAAAAGCAAGGGCAAACAAGGCAACAAAAAACCACUCGCCCAAGGUCAAAACAUCGGAAUACAAAACGAAAGCCGGGCUUGCCAACAGCUGCGGCCACGUCUACCGUGCCACCUCUUCCAGUCGCCGAGAAACCCCGAGCUACCCCUUCUGGGCCCCACGGAGCAGUGAGGGGUCGAGGGCCUGGCCCGAGCUCACGCGGAACCCCAGCCGCCUCGAUGCACAGCCUGCAGCGCCCUCCACCUGCCCGCUGCCGGCCGGGGCCGCGCCCCUUCACCCAGGUUCAGCCAGGGCUUGGCCGGGCUCUCCCAGCAGACCCACUGACCCCCACCCCGAGACCGGAACCCCAGCGCAGGACCCCCACAAGGGUAAGUUCCGCGCACGGCUGACACCCGCCCGCACUCCGUGCCACGUCCGCGGCCUCACGCACUAUGGC